AUGGAUUUUUUUAAGGAUGCUUUUCUUAUCAUUCUCCCGAGUUAUCUCUCUCGCGCUCUCCAGGGUCGCACCGCGCCAUCGCCGAAGCUUACGCCAACGUCAAGCCUGAAUGGGCUCCGAGGAAUCGCCGCCGUCAUCGUUCUCUUGUUCCACACCAUCUGGGCCUACUCGAUAACGGUAGAUCUCGGAUAUGGAUACAUGGGACAGAAUUUGUCGAUUUUGCAACUCCCAUUUUUGCGAAUCGUCCAUGCCGGCCACGCCAUGGUCUGCAUCUUCUUCGUCGUCGGCGGAUAUGUCAUAUCUCUGAAGCCAUUGCGUCUCAUGCGCCAGGACCGGUGGGAUGAUCUGUUCAAGACUGUCAGCUCGAGUCUGAUGCGACGCGGCGUCAGGUUAUAUAUGCCCCCCUUGGUGGCAACUUUGGUAACGGCCAUGACCGUACACAUGGGCUGGUGGGAAUCUGGACGGGCCAACAUCGCCGCCAACCGUGAACUUUUCUACUACGUAGACUACCAACCAGUCCGUCAGCCAACCUUUCUGUCACAACUAGACGACUGGCGGAGCCGAGUAACGCCCCUCUUCAACCUCUGGGGUCCCCAGGGUUACUUUGGCGAAUAUGAUCCUCAUCUCUGGACGGUGCCGCAAGAGUUUCGCUGCUCAGUUCUUGUCACACUCGCACUCGUUGCCUUUGCCCCCUUCCGCACCUCGUGCCGUUGGCUGUUCAUGUUCGCUCUUAUUGUGUACGCCGCUGCCUGGACCCGCUGGGAGGCUGUCCUGUUUCUCGCAGGCGCUUGGCUCGCCGAGAUCGACAUGGUCACGAACGCACGCAGCGAGAAGGAAGGGGGAGAUGCAGCAAAUAUCCUGGUGAGAUGGGCCGACGAGACUGGUAAUGGCUCGACGAUCCGCCUUUAUUCGAUGCUGCAUCGAAAAAUGAAGACCGUCGCACCCCCAGUGAUCUUUCUACUUGGCCUGUACCUAAUGUCAUGCCCGCCAGUGGCCUUCCACGCGGCGCCUGGCUACGCCUGGCUGUCGUCGCUAAUUCCAGAAAACUUCCAAGGUGAGGACAGGAAACGAUUCAUCCACGGUGCUGGCGCCAUCAUCACCGUCUGGGCCGUGUGCAACUCGUCAACCAUUCAACGGCCUUUUUUGACCAGAUUUGCGCAGUACUUGGGCGAGAUCAGCUACUCACUGUACAUUGUCCACGGGCCUUUCGUGCAUAUGAUUAGCUAUGCCAUUACCCCUGCGAUUUGGCGUUACUUUGGGACAGAAACUACGACCAAGUGGGCGGCCGGGUGCUUUCUCGGAAACUUGUUCACGUUUGUCAUUAUUUUCUGGGUUGCCGACUUAUUCUGGAGAAUGGUGGAUACGCGGUCGGUUGAGUUUAGCAGACUGCUGGAAAAGCUUUGUGUACAGACGGGGAGCGAGAAGUAG